UUUUUUUUGUGUGUUUGUUCUCAACACGUGAAUCACCCUUUUCCACAGAAAACAAAUUAAAAAACAACCACGACAUAGGUUAUUUUUCCAAGAUAGACUUGAUGCCUUCAUGCACAUGUGCGCACGAUUCUACUUGAGACGGAUCCUUGACAAAAUUUCGAUAAUAUUUCGUUAAUUAAAAAGGAAACGAGGAGACGAAAUCAGGGUCGUCGGUUGAUAUGCACGCGUUAUCGGCAAGCAUUAGUCACGUUGACGUCCAGAAUCGGGGCUUAUCGCUUGCACACGAAGUGGAUGACAUUACAUUGACAUCACUACUUUUUGUGCGUGUGUAUUUAUUCAAAUGACCUCCACGGCCAGCAGAGAAAAUUUCACUUUGCCCCUCGUUGAUUUGCAUUUUUGCUGACGAGUCAGUGUUUUUUCCAGCAUUCCGCCUCAAACUAGUUCCAACUGGGAGUAGUAGAAGUAUGGUUGACUUUGGUUUUCCCCAGCUUUUUUAUUUUCUUAUUAGGGAUUUCCCCGGAGCAGUGACGUCACUAUACGCCGUACCAACCGCCGCCAUGCCGAGUCAUUCGACGAUUGCACCACGUCCGGAGGGGCGGAGCCAAAUUGCGUUUCCAGUCCCCGGGCCCUCGGUAUAAUAGCGCAGUGCGUUUCAUGAUUUCAUCAUUCUUUCUAGCGACUCCGCCAAGAGCAGACACGUACACACAAGUCGAGGUGAUCAGUGCAAAUCCAAAGAUCAUUCUCGAACGCACAAGUUGUUGUUACACAGUGAAAGUUUAGCCCCCGUCUGUAUACCAAUUCACCCAACAAACCAAAAGCCGUUCGCGGUAUGUCUUUUUUUGAUUCCGAAUUCUUCGACAUCACCACCAGCGGGAAACUUGAGGGUCACCUAUUGGACUACGAUCAUCCGCCAAUGAGUGGCGAAAUCAUCCCAUUUGCCGAUCAUUACGAUUAUUAUCCAGAAACUCUGGAGGUUGCGGAAACUUCUAUGGAUCUCGAGCAGGCAAUGAUAGACUCAAACAUCGGAAGCGUCGCCGAUUACUUAUCGCAUUCCGGCUCUUAUCAGCCGCAGCCGAUGGUGAAACGCGAGAUAGCUCAUUUGCAAGAGGAUGAAGACAGCCGUUGUCUACCUAGCACUUUGACCGACGCCAGUGACUACACGUCGGCAAUGAUGCCCAGCCCUUACGGCACUGCCGUUUCCAGCCCUGCCGGACGUUCGACCACGAGCAGCUCGGCCUCGACAAGUCGUCGGUUCAAAUCGGGCGGCAAGAACGUCAGCAAAGAUAGCGACGAAUACAAACGACGAAGGACUCUCAACAACAUCGCCGUGAAGAAAUCCCGCGAGAAGGCCAAAGCCGAGUCACGCAUAGUGGCUCAACGUGUCACGGUCCUGUCGGCCGAUAAGGAGAGACUUGAGAGACGUGUAGAGCAGCUGUCAAAAGAGAUCCAGUUUCUGCACGGGCUCUUCUCCAAAUUCAACGACAUUCCCGAUCCAAUUAAAGUGCAAGUCACCAGCGCCUUUGCCCGUCUCCAGAGCCACAGAUAACCCCCCACAGCCCACGCACUCCUUUUGUAUUCCCUCAAAUCGCAAUCAAACAAAACACUUAACUAUUAUAAUAAUUUAAAACAAAGAAAAAGAUUCACCAAUGUGUGCCACGAAACCUUUAUAUUUCCAUCGUUGUAUAUAGUAUCUUAUACAAAGUUGUCUUAAUAUUGUUAAUGUAAUACUUUUCUUGUGGAUUGUGUUCAACAUUUGACAAAUUUUUUACAUGAUUGAAUCAUCUCAGAUAGAAGUUACAUUCAACUAUGCUCUUGACCGAUUUAUUUUCAAAUAAAAACGACAAAACAACCCACGUGCGAUCUACGGAUUCAGCGAAAUGUUUUGUACAUCAUAGAAUUCAUGCAUCCUUUGUACUUCCCAAGAUGCAAAAGAGUAACAAUAAAACAAACAUGUAUUUCAA